CAGCUGUCAGCGUUGAGUGGGCGGGGCUGCGUCCUGUCUUCCUGCUUCACCUGCCAGGUGUUCGUCAGUCUCAGCGGGACCAGCCUCCCCGCUCAGUCCGAGUCUCACCUCCUGCUCCCGGAUCUUUGUGUGCAAACAUGGCGGCGCCGCUCACCGACCAGGAGAAGCGGAAGCAGAUCAGCGUCCGGGGCAUCGCGGGGCUCGGAGACGUCGGCGAGCUCAAGCGAAGUUUUAACCGACACCUUCAUUUCACACUGGUGAAGGACCGGAACGUGGCGACUCCCCGGGACUACUACUUCGCCCUGGCCCACACCGUCCGGGACCACCUGGUGGGCCGCUGGAUCCGCACCCAGCAGUACUACUACGAGAAGGACCCGAAGCGGGUUUAUUAUCUGUCUCUGGAGUUCUACAUGGGCAGAACGCUGCAGAACACCAUGAUCAACCUGGGCCUGCAGAACGCCUGUGAUGAGGCCAUCUACCAGCUGGGUUUGGACAUGGAGGAGUUGGAGGAGAUCGAGGAGGACGCUGGUUUGGGUAACGGAGGACUGGGACGACUAGCAGCAUGUUUCCUCGACUCCAUGGCGACUCUCGGUCUGGCGGCGUACGGUUACGGUAUCCGCUACGAGUUUGGUAUCUUCAACCAGAAGAUCAGCAGCGGCUGGCAGGUGGAGGAGGCGGAUGAUUGGCUGAGGUACGGGAACCCCUGGGAGAAGGCGAGACCGGAGUACAUGCUGCCGGUUCAGUUCUACGGCCGAGUGGAGAAAACAGAGAGCGGAGUGAAGUGGGUCAACACGCAGGUGGUGUUGGCGAUGCCCUAUGACACUCCAGUCCCUGGUUACCAUAACAACACGGUGAACACGAUGAGACUGUGGUCGGCCAAAGCACCCAACGACUUCAGCCUGCAGAACUUUAAUGUUGGCGAUUAUAUUGAAGCUGUUCUGGACAGAAACCUGGCAGAGAACAUCUCCAGAGUCCUCUACCCCAACGACAACUUCUUCGAGGGGAAGGAGCUACGUCUGAAGCAGGAAUAUUUUGUGGUGGCGGCGACGCUGCAGGACAUCAUCCGCAGGUUCAAAUCCUCCAAGUUUGGCUGCAGAGACCCGGUGAGGACGUGCUUCAACACGUUUCCUGACAAGGUGGCGAUCCAGCUGAACGACACCCACCCGGCUCUGGCGAUCCCUGAACUGAUGAGGAUCCUGGUGGACAUCGAGAAGCUGGACUGGGACAAGGCAUGGGACAUCACCUGUCGUACGUGUGCGUACACCAACCACACGGUGCUGCCGGAGGCAUUGGAGCGCUGGCCGGUGUUCAUGUUCGAGCAGCUGCUGCCUCGACACCUGCUGAUCAUCUAUGACAUCAACCAGAGACACCUGGACAGGAUAGCGGCCAUGUUUCCUGGUGACACAGAUCGUCUGCGGCGGAUGUCUCUGAUCGAGGAGGGCGAGCCGAAGAGGAUCAACAUGGCUCACCUGUGUGUGGUCGGCUCGCACGCCGUCAACGGCGUCGCUCAGAUUCACUCCGACAUCGUGAAGAGCAGCGUGUUCAAAGAUUUCCACGAUGUCGAUCCUCACAAGUUUCAGAAUAAAACAAACGGCAUCACUCCUCGCCGCUGGCUGCUGCUGUGUAACCCCGGCCUCGCUGACAUCAUCGCUGAGAGGAUCGGAGACGACUUCAUCACUGAUCUUCAUCAGCUCAAGAAAAUCCUGGAGUUUGUCGACAACAACGAGCUCAUCAGAGACGUGGCCAAAGUCAAACAGGAGAACAAGCUGAAGUUCGCCUCCUUCCUGCAGGAGCAGACUCAGGUGAAGGUGAAUCCAGACUCCAUCUUUGAUGUGCAGGUGAAGAGGAUCCACGAGUACAAGAGGCAGCUGCUCACCUGCCUGCAUGCCAUCGUGCUCUACAACCGGAUCAAACUGGAGCCCAACAGAGAGUUUGUUCCGCGGACGGUGAUGAUCGGAGGAAAGGCGGCUCCUGGGUACCACAUGGCCAAACUGAUCAUCAAACUGAUCACCUCCAUCGGUCAGGUGAUCAAUAACGACCCAGCAGUGGGAGACAAGCUGAAAGUGAUCUUCCUCGAAAACUACAGAGUGUCUCUGGCUGAGAGAGUGAUCCCAGCAGCCGACCUAUCAGAGCAGGUCUCCACGGCGGGGACGGAGGCGUCAGGAACAGGAAACAUGAAGUUCAUGCUGAACGGCGCUCUGACGAUCGGGACGAUGGACGGAGCGACGGUGGAGAUGGCGGAGGAGGCCGGAGAGGAGAACAUGUUCAUCUUCGGCAUGACGGUGACGGACGUGGAGGAGGUGGACAGGAAGGGGUACAAUGCCAGAGAGUUCUACGAGCGUCUGCCGGAGCUGAAGCUGGCAGUGGAUCAGAUCCAGGCCGGCUUCUUCAGUCCAGCAGAGCCAGAACUCUUCAAAGACCUGAUCCACAUGCUGCUGAGCCACGACAGGUUCAAGGUGUUUGCAGAUUUUGAAGCCUACGUCAGAUGUCAGCAGAGAGUCAGUGAACUCUACAAGAACCCCACAGAGUGGACCAAGAUGGUGAUCCGUAACAUCGCCGCCUCUGGAAAGUUCUCCAGCGACCGGACCAUCUCUCAGUACGCCCGUGAGAUCUGGGGAGUCGAACCGUCUGACGUGAAGAUCCCACCGCCCAACGAGCCGCCGUUCGAGUCCCAAAACUGAGGAGCUGGACGCAGCAUCAAGUAUCUGAGUCUCUGAAACACUGGAGCAUCACUUCACCCAGAAACAGACUGAAGCUCUUCUUUCUUUCAGCAGAGACGUAGCCAGCAGCUACGUGUUAGCAUUCUGAACACCAGCAGACACAUCAACAGGUCAGAAGGUUCUGAAGAUGAAUAGAUGAAGUCCAUAUCUGGACAUAUCGAUGCUCUGUUGGAACUUUCAUUUGAUCAGAUUUAGAUCAGUUAAAGUUAAAGUGAACACGCUGAGCUGCGUUCAACAUCUGCAGCUGCAGCCAGUGGCCGCUGCUCCUCCAGGACGCCGUCAGCAUCCUGAAACAUCAGCCGAUCCUUCGACUUUCUGCACGUGAACAUUGAUUUUACGCUCCUGAUAUUUUUGUAGCGAUGAUGUUUUUCCUGCACUUUACAGCUUCGUUCGUACAGCUGAUGCUCCAAGCCGCGUUCACGUCACGUCAGAUUAUCGGUAACAAUUCAGACAUUCAGAUCUGAGACUCGAGAUCGUUCACGUCCUCCAGAACUUCAGAGUCGGUCCGACCCGGUGAUUCACGGCUCGGCUCUGUUUGUUGUUGUCGGCCAUAAAUUUGAUUCAUUUGUUUUCUUCAGUUUCUGUUUUGAAAUGACGAUGCUGACGAACGUUCUGGCUGAGAUGGAUUAUUACCUUAAAUCUGACGCGGCGUGAACGCAACAAAAGCCUCAAUGUGACGUCACAGGUGUCCUCUGGGUAAUGUAGUCCAUUCACAGUGUUUAAUCAACAUUAAUGUCUGCCUGAUUAACCAGAAAGCUUUGGGCAGGUGAAGUACUGUAUCGACACUCAGGUCUGUUUCUGAAAAUAAACUUCUGCUGCGCUCGUG